GAGGACGACGCCAUCCAGAUCGACUCGCCCGAGCAGGAGCCCGUCGACGACUUCGACGACGCGUCCGACUUCGAGGAGCUCCACCUCCCCGGCACCCCGUCGCCCUCGCGCCGCCGCCUGCGCACGCCGAGGGAGAAGCCCCGCGCCGAGCAGCUCGACUACCAGAACUCGCUCCCGUACCCGACCGAGAGCCUCGACGAGAUGGACGCCAAGCUCGACGAGAUCGUGCGUCGGCUCGUCGACUGUGUGCGCGCCAAGGACUACGAUGUCGGCUUCGUCCAGUGGAACCACCGGCUCGAGUGUUGGCUGUCGCUCAAGUACCCGAUCAAGCGCGAGUUGCGCGCCAAGCUCGCCCGCCUGUACUUCGAGCUGUCGGUCCUGCCCGGUCUCGACGCCCGCCUCGUCGACAUCGCCGUCAACCAGGCGAUCGUCCUCCUCGAGCCCAAGAAGAAGAUCGACAUCAGCGACCUUCAGCUCCCGUGGCGCCCGGUCUACGCCAUCCUCGAGAAGGAGCUCUUCCCCAAGCAGCGAAAGACGGGCAUCACCAACCUCUCGACCACCCUCCUGUCGCUCGUCGAGUACUCGCAGCGGUUCUUCCCGCCACACGAGAUCCCGGCCAUGCUCGCCACCUUCCUCCCUCGCCUCUCGCCCAACCUCAACAGCAUCGUCGCGACCCAGGCGUUCUGCACCCACUUCCUCCCCGUGUCGCACCCGCAGUACUACCUGCCCGCCGUGUUUCGCCUGUGGGAGGCCUUCUCGUCCGACAUCCACGACGAGCAGUGGCUCGACUUUGUCGAGCGCCUCGCCGUCCUCCACAUGGACCCGCGCACGUCGCACCCGGACAUCGUCGACGAGCUGCGCCAGAUGGUCAAGGACGCCGGCGAGUUCGUCGGCGAGUCGGGCGAGGACGAGGACGCGGCGGCGGCGACCCGGGUCGAGGACUUGCUCGAGGAGCACGCCUACUCGCACCGCAAGGCGGGCGUCCCGGCCUACAUCUUCGGCAUGGAGGAGGGCCUGACGACCCCGGGCGGCGCGCCAGCCGUGCCCAAGUGGCGGGGCAUCCGCAAGGACGUCGGCAUCUUCACCGAGCAGCAGUUCGCGUUCAUCAUGACCAAGUGCCUGCGGGCGAUGGGCGUUCCUGUCGGCGGCGGCACGAAAGCCGGCGCAUCCGGCGUCGCCGCGUCCGACUUUGCGACGCAGGACCAGCAGGCGACCGGCGUCGCGCUCGCCAUGAAGCGUCCGACCGAGAAGCUCGGCUCGUUCGCCGCCGUCAUCGUCUACUCGAUGGCGGCGGACGCCGUCCCGCAGGGCGCGACCCCGUUCGGGUCCAAGGCGCCCUCCCGGGCCGCCUCGCCGCCGCCACCCGGCGCCCGUUCGAGCGCGAGCGCCAAGCGCACCUACCUCGCCGGGUCCAAGGCGCUCGACGCGCUCGCCAAGCUCAUCCAGGCGACCGAGGGCUACUUCCACCCGUCCAACUACGGCCGGUGGGCGCCGCUCCUCGGGCGCUUCCUGCAGACCCUCACGUGGGAGUUCUUCAAGCGUCACACCGAGGAGCAGCGCGACGACUGCCGCACGCCGCUCGAGUGGCGCCUCACGCCCGACAUCCGCCGCGAGUUCGUCAAGACGAUGCGCACGGUCGCCCUCCUCAGCAUGUUCUCGCGCGACGCCAUCACGAUCGCCAACGCGCAGGCCGCGCUCAAGACGAUGGCCCUCCUCGAGCCCGACCUCGUCCUCCCGUCCAUCCUCGAGCGCGCCUACCCGGCCCUCGAGACGCUCACCGAGACGGACCGCACGCGGUCGUGCAUCACGGCCCUGUCGACCAUCUCGCCCGCCCUCCUGCGCCGCGACAACUACCCUGCCGGCGCCAAGCACCUCGUCCCGCUCCUCGACCUGUGUCUCCCCGGCCUCGACGUCAACGACCCGAUCAAGACGAUGGCGACGGGCAUGUUCGUCCUCCAGGCGUGCUCGCAGGUCGUCCUCGACGACCUCACGGCGCUCGACAUGGGCUCGGGCGGCGGCGGCUUCGGCGAGUACGGCAUGGAGCUCGACGCGGCGGCGGCGGCGGCGGCGAGCGUUCCGGACAUCGAGCUCGGCGAGGACGGCGAGCCCAAGCCCUCGAGGCAGGAGGAGGACGACGCCGUGCGCACGAUGACGGCCGGGAUCCCGGACUGGGUCUCGAGCUUCUUCCGAGGCGUGCUCGCCGUGUUCGAGGCGCUCCCCGAGCCGGGCAAGGGCAGCCGGAACGGCGGCAAGAUGGAGGACCAGAUGACGCAGACCCUCAUCGCGACGUGCGACUUUGUCUGCAGCCAGCUCUCGCCCUCGCUGUUCGACCUCGCCCUCGACAUCGUCUACCAGGAGGCGACCUCGAGCGUGCGCACCAACUCGGCGCGCGUCACGUCGCAGCUCGUCUCGUGCUUCGCCCGGGCCGACACGGUCAAGACGCUCGACAAGUUCUUCCACCUGUGCGACCGCCGCAUCCGUCAAGAGCUCGAGAGCGGCGCCGGCAGCACGAGGAGCACGAGGACCGACCACGCGAUCGAGAGCGACACGACCCUCAACUGGUGGAUCGGCCUCCUGACGGGCUGCAUGGCCAACGCCGGCGAGCAGAUCCUCGAGUACAAGAAGGAGCUCAAGGCGCUCGUCCAGACCAUGAUCGAGCACUGCAAGAGCGAGCGCGGCUACACAACGACGGCACGCGUCCUCGCCAUCACGCUCAUGACGCUCACCAACACGUGGGUGCGCGACUACCGCUCGGUCAACAGCGACGAGUGGUACGACCCGGAGUUCCGCAAGCGCUCGCACGAGUCGUGGGGCAAGGUGUACGACGUCAAGGACGUCAAGGUCGAGUGGCACGUCGCGUCGCCGGCCGAGAUCGACUUUGUGCUCGAGCUCCUGCGCGACAUCGUCGUCCCGCUCCUGGACAAGCUCGAUCAGCUCCUCAACGAGCCACUCGUCGACGGCAAGGUCCGAACGUCCGAGUGGAUCAACGACUUUUGCCGGUUCUGCAACGUCGUUCGCUCGGCCCUGUCUGGUAUUUCGAGCAUCGCCUUCAUGCCGCCGCCGUCGACGCCUGGCGAGGUCGCGAGCGACGCCGGUGACGAGGUUCCCGAGUUCAUCGACCACCUGCCGACGUGCAACGCCGGCUUCCCGCUGUCGGACCCUCAAGACGCUCGCCACCAGUUCGUCGCCGACCUGCGCAUGCGGGCCGGCCAGUUCCUCCACAAGGCCGUCCAGACGCUCAAGUCGACGCAGCAGCAGGACACGAUCGACUGUAUCAAGAUGGUCAUCGCGUCGAUCCGGGUCCUCGAGCUCGACUACCCGUGCGACUCGUCCAACCACGGCUCGGUCAAGAAGUCGUACGACUUUGCGCUCAACAUCUCGCGCGUGUCGCGCAACCAGAAGCUGUUCCCGCGCUUCGUGUGGGUCCGUCGUGCGGGCCUGUACCACGCGUCGCGCCUGCGCCUCAACAGCCUGUACCGCCGCCGCACCAAGCUCGACGACCUCCUCAUCCACGACAUGUGCGAGCUGUCGCUCAGCGUCUACCUCCAGGUCCGCCGCUCGGCGCAGAAGGGCCUCGACUCGAUCAUCCGAUACUUUGACGGCACGCGCAUGCUCAUCUACCCUCGCCUCUUCAACGCCCUCAAGCCCGGCACCGACCACGACGUUAUGAAGGGCGCGCUCUACGUCCUCGGCAGCAAGGCGACGCAGAACCUCGCUAUCCUGUGGUGGACCGUCGGCCCCGACUACCUGCGCGCUCUGCUCGGGUGCCAGCACCAGGAGCGGCCCUCGGUCCAGGCGCUCGUCCGCACCGUCACGCACGACUUCAUCAUCCGCCUCGGCGAGCCGAGCACGCUCAAGAGCUCGGUCGACUCGCAGGCCCUGCAGCGCGCAGCCGACUCGAUCGAGAACCUGAUUGCCGUGCCCGAGAACAAGGACCUCGUCGCCCGUGUCGCGGCAAAAGCGCGCGAGCGCACCGACCAGAAGAAUGCCGCCUACGACGAGCUCCUGCCCGAGCUCCUUAAGCUCGCCGCCGACCCGUCGACCCACCACCGCUACGUCCUCAUCUGCAUCCGCCUCGUGCGCGCCAUGAUCCGCCGCGACCAGCCGCAGCGCGCCAACGUCGCCGGCUACAUGGCCAAGCAGCUCAUCUCGGAGCUGCCGAACCAGCGCACGCACGCCAUGCUCGCCCUCACCAAGCUCCUCCACUUCAUCAAGCUCCGGACGACCUGCGGGGCGUCGGGCGAGGACCUCCUCCUCCAGAAGACGUCCAACCCGCUCAAGCACAAGACCGAGCUCCCGCAUCCCCUCCCGGCCGACUUCACCGACAAGUUCAUCGCCAGCUUCUCCGAGCCGAUGACCAAGGACACCAAGUUGAGCGACAAGGCGUCGACCGGGUGGCUCGUCUGGGGCGACUCGGUCGAGCUUUACGACGUGCCGCCCGAGGACGGCUCCGUGUUCACGUGGGACGAGAGCUCGGCCGACACGUUGGCGCUCCUGCGCGACAUCAUCAUCCAGCCGUCGUGGUGGGAGACGUUCAUCUCGCACCUCUCGAUGGAGAAGACGGUCGACUACCUCGCGGCCGACGUGUGCAUGGUCAUCAAGUCGAUCUUCCAGGUGUUCGAGGACGCGGCGUGCGAGUGGGUCCUGCCCGCGAUCGACAACCUCGUCGCCGACAAGAGCGACCGGCACAAGCAGCGUGCUGCAGGCGAGCUCAUCGCCGGCAUCGUUCGCGGCAGCAAGCACUGGUCGCUCAAGAAGCAGCGCGCGCUCUGGGCCUGGCUCACGCCCAAGCUCCCGAGCAUCUUCUCCGGCGUCACGCCCGAGACGCAGACCGUCUGGGAGAUGUGCGCCGAGUACAUCCUGUCGGGUCGCGAUCCUCGCCGCAAUCAGCCGCUCGUCGACUACCUCACCUCGCUCAAGAUCGACGAGGAGUCGACCGAGGCGUUCAACGUCUCGAAGCAGCAGGACCUCGUCGGUACCGCCAUGAAGGCGCUCGGCUGGCACUUCUCGCCCUGGGCGUCGCAGUACCUCGAGAUGUACUCGGCCAACAUCGCCCACCCGUACCAGGAGGUGCGUGGCGCCGUCGCCGACAACCUGCGCGUCCUGUCCGAGUUGCGCCUGCACCCAAGCUACGGCUCGGUCGACGAGUUCAUCCGCGACGCCCAGCACCCGCACGCCCGUCGCAGCCUCGUCAGCGUCGACGCGACGUACGAGGCCCGCAUCGACGACUUUGGUCGUCAGCUCGCCCAGUGGCGCCUCGAGCGCAAGCCGGCGAGCGAGGGCACGUCGCAGUACGACAAGGCGAGCAUGACGAUCCUGACCUGGAUCUGGGGCUCGAUCAGCGAGGUCCGCACGAGCUCGGCGUUCCCGUUCAUCACCAAGCUCCUCCCCGAGUUCCUGCGCAUGCAGGAGAGCACCGAUAACCAGGAACUCUCUCGCAUGGCCGGCCGCGUCCUGCUCGCCUGUGCGGCGCUCCAGUUCCCGCAGCACCUCGUCCGCCCCCUCAUGCAGCAGUUCAUCGGCCUCCUGCGCGACUCGGAGAGCUGGCGCGUCCGGCUCGACGUCCUCCUCCCGCUUCAAGUCUUCUUCUACCACCACCUCUUCUACCUCGACGACGCCGUCAUCGCCGAGCUCAUGGACCAGCUGUGCGACCUCUUGCGCGACCCCAAGAUCGAGGUCCGUGAGGCGGCCGCUUCGACCUUGUCGGGCAUCGUGCGCUGCUCGCAGCGCAGCGCCAUCGUGUCGCUCAUCAAGCGCUUCAUGGACACGCUGCGUGCGACCAAGAUCCCCAAGAGGAGGGACGCCGAGGGCAACGAGGUCGCAGGGUACCAGGAGGCGCUCGUCACGGGCCACUCUGCCGUCCUCGGCAUCUCGUCCCUCGUCAAGGCGUUCCCCUACGAGGUCCCGCCCUUCAUCCCCUCGAUCCUCAUCGAGUGCAUGUCCAAGCACGCCGCCUCGCCGCCGCCACUGUCGACGACCGUCAAGGCAACGCUCGCCGACUUCAAGCGCUCGCACCAGGACAGCUGGGAGACGGACCAGAAGGCGUUCACGCCCGAGCAACUCGCCGACCUGCACGACCUCCUCACCGGCUCGAGCUACUACGCUUGAGCUUCCGCUCGUCGGUUUCCUGCCUCCCUCUCUCCCUCCCGUCCUCGUUCCGCCCUUGUCCAUACGCAGCCUUUUGGAUACCCCUUGGUCGCCUGAUCUGCAACCUCGUGUGCUUCCCUGUU